AUGACAACAUAUCCAUCAACAAUGAAAGCCGUAGUCUUCUACGGUCCCCAUGACAUCCGUACCGAAUCAAGACCAACCCCCACCAUCCAACAUCCAACUGAUGUUAUCCUCAAAGUCAAAUAUUCCGGUCUUUGCGGAACGGAUCUCCAUUCAUACCGGGGCCAUAUCAAGGGUCCUGUCAAUACUAUUAUCGGUCAUGAAUUUGUCGGCACGGUGGUUUCAAUUGGACAAGAAAUCACCAAGUUUGCAAUUGGGGAUGAUGUUUUGAGUACUUUCACGAUCCAAUGUGGAACUUGUUGGUAUUGUAAACAUGGGUAUUCCGGACAAUGUGAUAAAACUAACACAUUUGGGAAGAUUGGAUUAGAUGGUGGACAAGCUGAAUAUGUUAGGAUCCCAUAUGCUGAAAACACCCUAGUUAAAAAACCACCUACUCAACCAAAUGAAGAUGAUUCGAUAUAUGUCCUUAUGGCUGAUAUUUUUGUGACUGGUUAUUAUGGUGUGAAGAAAAUUGUCGAUUUUUUGAAUCAACCAACUACGAAAUCUAUGACAACUCAAGAUCGUAAACAAUGUUCGAUUUUACAAUUAGGUGCUGGCCCCGUUGGGUUAUGUGCUUUGAGAGUAUUGAAACAUUUCGGAUUUGGGAAGAUUGUCGUGGUGGAUUCCGUGCCUUCUAGAUUGGAAGAAGCUGCCAGACUUGGAGCUUAUAGAACUAUUAAUUAUGAAACUGAACCUAAUGCAUUGAAGGAAUUCAUUACUACUGACCUUGAUAAUGUUGGAUUUGAUGCUGUUUUGGAAGUCGUGGGUGCUUCAGCUGCAUUGAAGACUGCAUAUGAUUCUGUGCGUAGAAAUGGAUUUAUUUCUUCAUUGGGUAUGGGACAUGAACCAUUCCCAUUUAAUGGGUUAGAAUGUUAUUUAAAGAAUAUUAAUAUUUCUUUUGGAAGAUGUCAUUCUUGGUCAUUGUUUCCUGAAGCUUUGGAAAUCUUUGAAACUAUGAAACAUGAUUUUGAUUCAUUUAUUGAUUAUAAAGCUACUUUAGAUGAAAGUAAAGAAGUAUUUGAAUUAUUUGAUCAACAUAAAGUUAAUAAAGUUGUUUUUGAUUUGACUGGUAAUUAA